UUCAUAACAGUUGUUGCUUGUGUUUUGAUAACGGGGCAAAUAUCAACUUGUGCUGUAAAGUGUUAAAGUGUUUAUUGUACGAGCUUUUCUUCCAAAGAUUGUUUUUAAAGAUUACAGACAUGGGGGGCGCCCAAGUCCUCAUACUUCUUUACUUCGUGUACACUGCGACAUGCAAUGAGCAGCUCAAAAUACGCUUCCAAUGGAAAGAGCUAGACUAUGACUUCACGACUCCAGCCCUCAGACAGCAGGCCAUAGAUACCGGGAACUUCAUCCCCAAAAACAACAUCCCAAUGGGGUUGGAGAUCUUUCAAGACAAGCUGUUCAUAACCGUCCCAAGGUGGAGGCAAGGCGUGCCUGCUAGUUUGAACUACGUCGAUUUAAAAGAUACCAACAACACAUCACCAAAACUCAAGCCUUAUCCAAGUUGGGCGGCACACAGCGGUUCGAAGCCAACAGAAAUAAUAUCCCCCUUUAGGACACGCAUCGAUCGCUGCAGCCGUCUCUGGGUGUUGGACAAUGGCAAAAUUGGCAGCUUGGAAAGUGUACCUACUAUAUAUCCACCUUCUAUUAUAGUUUACGAUCUAACCUCAGAUAAUCUCAUACGAAAAUACGAAAUACCACAAAAUCAAGUAAAACAAGACUCUGGUUUUGCAAAUAUUGCUAUCGAAGACUCGGACUGCCAGAAGACGUAUGCCUACCUUGGUGACGUUGGUAAAGCAGGUCUAGUUGUUUAUUCCUGGGAGAAGAAUGAAUCUUGGAGGAUAUCACACCAUUUCUUCUACCCAGAUCCUCUUGCUUGCGAGUAUAACGUCAAAGGUCUCACCUUCAAUUGGACUGAUGCGAUCUUCGGUAUGGGCAUAUCAGGACCGAAUCCUGAUGGCUUCAGUACCCUUUACUUCCACCCGAUGUCCAGUUAUUACGAAUUCAAAGUAUCUACGGAAUAUCUUAGGAACGAAUCUGUAGCUGAGACGAAUUUCGAAGCUUUCCAAAACUUGGGAACUAGAGGACCCAAUUCGCAGUCGAGUGCGUCAUUCCUCGAUCAGAAAACCGGUGUUCUCUUCUAUUCUUUAGUCAAUCUUAAUGCUGUUGCAUGUUGGAAGACGUCGAACAAGGAAUAUUUGAUGAAGAACCAAGGAAGAAUCUACAUGGAUGAUGAAACUAUGGUUUACCCCACCGAUAUUAAAGUGGAUUACAACGAUAAUUUGUGGGUUCUAUCAAACAAAUUACCCGUUUGGAUGUAUUCUAACCUAAAUCCAGAUGAAGUCAAUUUUAGAGUCUUCUCAGCGCCUGUUAUUAAUGCAAUUAGCCACACUGCAUGCGACGUGACAGCGCGAUCAGAUAUUCUUCAGAAAUUUGAUAAAUUUGGAAAUAAAGUAAAGAAUAUCACCAAGAACAUUGCAUCUGUAUUUAAUAGUUCUGCAAUAAGUUCUAGCUCGACAUCAUUGAUUGUGAUCGCGAUAGUAGCUUCAUUUAUUGCUUACGUUGUGCCGAAUUAAAUUGAGUAGAUUUAAUACACACAUGAUGUACCUACAGUGCCACAAAUUUACCUGACCCGGUGACUAAUAGGAACUAUUAUCGCUAUUCUGAAUGUUAUAUCGAUGUCAAGUCUGACUGACUGGGGUCUUCUACCUCUCCUGUUGGGGCCUCAGGGUCCCUACAUCUACUCCGAAAGCGACUGCCCCCAGGUACUGGAACUUGCCGCUCGCGGCUGCUUUUACCUAUAAACUAAACAGUUUAACCUACAACUUAUUUUCUUACGAUUAUUUUUUAUAAUUUCCGUCAAGUCUCUUGUAGUGCUCGAUGCUACAACAGAAGGUCUCAGUCACCGGUUCAGAUAAGUGCGUGAAGCUAUACCAGCUUAACUUCAAAUGUGAUAUACUCCUUUAAUUGACAUUCCAAUAGACAUAAGUUUGAGAAUUUCAAAACCUGUAGUAACAUGUAGUGUAUCAUUGUUGACACCAUUGCUAGCAAUGAAGGUCUAAUCAUGUCACGUUGAUCUCUGCACGGUUCUCCCUGGAAACCGUAGUGACAAACUCCUGGUGAAUUUGCCAAUAUGGGCCAACUGAGCAGACCACAUGUCUUAUCUUAUCAUCCCCCACUGGUGCCCCGCCAGUGUAUAUCGAUAACGCAGUUGGAGUCA